AUGCUAUCUGCUUGUAGAAGAACCUCCAAUAUCGGCUUGAGAUCGCAGUCCUUAUUAAGAAGAUCUUUAGCUACUUCUGCACCAGUGCUCGAAGUUCCCCAGGAAUUCAAAUCAAGAACUCCUCCAUACCAAAAGCUAAUUUCUAACUUGAAUAAUGUUAGAAAAAUAUUGAAUGACACUCCUUUAACUUUAGCUGAAAAGAUUCUUUACUCUCAUUUAGUCAACCCAGAAGAAUCUUUAUCCGCUUUUAAUGGAAAUAUCAACUCGAUCAGAGGUGAACAGUAUUUAAAAUUAAACCCUGAUAGAGUUGCUAUGCAAGAUGCUUCUGCUCAAAUGGCUUUAUUGCAAUUUAUGACCUGUGGUUUACCCGAAACUGCUAUUCCUGCUUCGAUCCACUGUGACCAUUUAAUUGUCGGAAAAGAUGGUGCCAAAACUGAUCUAGCUUCUUCUAUUGCUACCAACAAAGAGGUCUUUGAAUUUUUAAAAAGUUGUGGUGAAAAAUAUGGUAUUCAAUUUUGGGGCCCAGGUUCCGGUAUUAUUCAUCAAAUUGUUUUGGAAAAUUUCUCGACUCCAGGUCUAAUGAUGUUAGGAACUGAUUCUCAUACUCCCAAUGCCGGUGGUUUAGGCGCCAUUGCAAUUGGUGUUGGUGGUGCUGAUGCUGUUGACGCCUUGACUGGUACUCCCUGGGAAUUAAAGGCUCCAAAGAUACUUGGUGUUAAGUUGACCGGCAAGCUCAAUGGUUGGGCUUCUCCAAAGGACAUUAUCACUCAUUUGGCUGGAGUUUUAACCGUCAGAGGUGGUACCAAUCACAUAAUAGAAUAUUUUGGUGAGGGUCUCAAGUCUCUAUCAUGUACUGGUAUGGCAACCAUUUGUAAUAUGGGGGCCGAAGUUGGUGCUACUACUUCAAUUUUUCCCUACCAAGAUGUUGCUCAUUACAACUAUCUUGUUGCAACUGGAAGAGAGCCAAUUGCACACCUUGCUUCUCAAGUAAACAAACACUAUGGUUUCUUGAAAUCAGAUGAAAAUGCUAAAUAUGACAAAGUUAUCGAACUCAAUUUAUCUGAGCUAGAACCCCAUAUAAAUGGCCCCUUUACUCCUGAUUUAUCAACCCCAAUCAGCAAAUUUGGCGAAGUAACCAAACAAAACAAAUGGCCUGAAACUGUCUCUGCUGGUUUAAUUGGCUCUUGCACAAAUUCUUCCUAUCAAGAUAUGACUAGAGUAGCCUCAUUAAUUACUCAGGCUUCUGAUGCCGGUUUGAAACCUAAAAUCCCCUUUUUCAUUACCCCAGGUUCUGAAAAAAUAAGAGCAACUUUGCAAAGAGAUGGCUUGAUUGAUUUAUUUAAAAACAAUGGGGCUAUAGUAUUAGCAAAUGCCUGUGGUCCAUGUAUUGGUCAAUGGAACAGAGAAGAUAUUCCAAAAACUUCUACCCAAACAAAUUCAAUUUUUACCUCUUUCAACAGAAACUUCAAAGCUAGAAACGAUGGAAAUAGAAAUACAAUGAACUUCUUGACCUCACCUGAAAUUGUUACUGCUGCAAUUUAUUCAGGAAAAAUGGAUUUCGACCCAAGAAAAGACUCUAUUCAAACUCAAGAUGGAAAACAAUUUAAAUUUAGUGACCCAAUAGGUAUUGAUUUACCUCAAAGAGGUUUCAUUAGAGGUAAUGAAGACUUUUAUCCAGUCGCCGAGCCAAAAUCAAAUCCUAAUGUUGAUGUUUUGGUUUCCCCUGAGUCUGAUAGAUUACAAUUGUUAACCCCUUUUGAUAAAUGGAAUGGAAAAGAAUUGAAAACAACAAUUCUACUAAAAAUUGAGGGUAAAUGUACUACUGAUCAUAUUUCUGCUGCUGGUGUCUGGCUCAAAUAUAAAGGUCAUUUAGAAAAUAUUUCAAACAACACUUUAAUCGGUGCCGUAAAUAAAGAAACCGGCGAAGUUAACAAAGCCUAUGAUUUAGAUGGCAAAGAUUAUUCAAUUCCUGAAUUGAUGAUUAAAUGGAAAGAAGAUGCAAUACCUUGGUGUGUUAUUGGUGAACACAAUUAUGGUGAAGGUUCUGCUAGAGAACAUGCUGCUUUGUCUCCAAGAUUUCUAGGUGGCAGAAUAAUACUAGUCAAGUCUUUUGCCAGAAUUCACGAAACAAAUUUGAAAAAACAGGGUAUGUUACCAUUAACAUUUAAAGAUGAAAACGAUUAUGACAAAGUUUCUAGUGGCGAUGUAUUAGAAACUCUUGACUUGGCAGAUAUGUUGGAUAAAAAGGGGGAUAACAAUGGAAUAGUUCAAGUUAAAAUAACUAAAAGAAAUGGUGAGACAUUUAUAAUUGAUUGUAAACAUACAAUGUCUGAAGAUCAAGUUGAGUUUUUUAAAGCGGGCUCAGCAAUUAAUUAUAUUGGUGAAUUAAAAAGACAACAACAACAGAAUCCCUAG